UAUGCAAAAAAGUAUGAAAUUGUCACAAUAUUGAGGAAAAAAAAAAAGGAAAAAUAUCAAAACGCAACAGCAGAUCCAAACAAAUGCAAGGGAAUAGGAAAAAAAAUAGGAAAAGAAAUCAGUAUAGAUAGACAAAAAGUGUGAGAAAAAUAUUAUUUAUAAAUGAAAAGAAAUCAAAACAGUUUGCUAUGUUGUAGAAGAGCAACAACAAUAUAUAUUGUUAUUUAGUGUAUAUAAAGAUGUGCGUGUGUUAUUGCAUUCUCAAUUGAUACAACACUACACUGCAUUAUUAUUACUGCUGCUGUUGUUGCUGCUGCUGCUGCUAAUGCUGCUACAGCAAACUUUGUUUUCUUUUUAUCUAUCGUGUGGCUCUGUUUGUGUGAGUGUGGUGUUUGCGUACGUACAUUGUUGUUGACUUUUUCUUCUUUACUGCAUUUGUCAUGUAAUGGAAAUGUAUGCUUGCUCAGUUGUGUUUGCUUAUAUUCCUACAGUAAAGUUGGUUUCUUUCUUAUAAAGCAUACAUAUGCACUUACCUACGAUACGUAAAUAUAUUCCAAUUAUUUGCAAUUGUAAAUUAAGUGCAAAUGCACACACGCUAAUGUAGCUAGUGAUUACAAUAUACAACAACAACAACAACAAAUACACCAAACAAACCAACAAACAAAAACUAAAGAUUUUAUUAUCACAUCAUCGCAGAAAAUUUUUACUUUAUGGUGCGUGAUUGGACGAGGAGCAGCGGACCUAAUGCUGGAUAUUAAAUUAACACAAUCUUCUAAAUUAUUAGUCAACACACACACAUGUACAUCUGUUGUAGUUGUGUGAAGCAACACUGCCAUAAAUAUUAACAAUAAUCCCAUAACGUUUCCUCGCCAAGCCGUCUAUUUCGCUUAGCUUCGCUUUCUUUUUCCCCCUUUUCUUCUAUUUCUUUCCGCCAAUAAAAUUUGGCAAACUCAAAAAUAUAUCGACUGAAACGGAUCCAAUAAUUAUAUAGCAAAAUGUUAUAUGUAUUUCAAGUUGAUGUCGGCCGUAUGUUAAAUUUUGACAUGACUGUUGCCUUAUCGUCGGUCGAAAGCCUCAAAGAUACUAUUGAACGUUUGCAUAACAUACCAGCGGCAAACAUUGUACUGUUAGUGAGUGGCGGUGAAAUGCUCACACAUUCCACGCAAGUUUCGUAUUAUUCAGCCGGCACGGAUACGAAUCCGAUUUAUAUGUUUUUAACGGGUGACGUUAGACUGCCGCCGUCAUUGUUGCCUUCCGUCGAUGCGGAUUUUGAUUUACGCGAGCAAGUGGAGCGUUGCUUAGAAUUGCCAGCCGUCUAUGAAACAGUGGUGCGUCGAGCACAAUUGGCUGGACGUAUAUAUGAUUUGGCGCGAGAAGAAGAGCGAUUAUGUGAGCGUUUAGUUCACGAUCAACAUCUUCAACAACAAGGCUGGUCGGCUAUGGUAGCAAAUGUGGAAGAUCUAACCGAAGAGUUUCGGCAACGUUACAGGAAUUUUUGCGAAGUUUUCGACAAACAUCUGGAUAAACGUUGUAUCUAUUUCGAAUUAUUAAGAUAUUUUGCCGAUGAUCUGCGCAAAUUGUCGCGUAUACCGAUAUUGCCUGGUUUAAUGCCUUUAGCGGAAGCCGAUUUUCAUGGCUUUGAUGAGUAUCUCGAUAACGACGAUGUUUUCUCACGUUCGCAAAACCAACAAGCGUCCGUGCUGAUGGCUGGUGCGACAGGAAUGACCGAGAAAACGGACGCCGACGAUGAAGGAGCAAUAGGUGGUAUGGACGCCAACGAUAAUGAUAAAAGCUCUACAUCACCCAAUAAAAAACUAAAAAUGGGCACCGAAUCCACUGAUUUAGUACAUCCAAAAUCACAUAUUUCCGAAACAUCAGCGAACAGUAAUGCAAUACGUCGUCUUAAUUUGCUACAAUGGAUUACCUCGAAGGAGAAUCGUUACACAUUGCAACUCAUGUCCGAUGAGUGUACACAAGGUUUGGGCACAUUUAAUGAGGCAAUUUAUAAAAAACUCAAAGAUGAGAUACACCAAGUCAUCUUAUCGGCCGAGCAAAGCGACGUACUAGAGAUUAAAGGACUCAGUGAACGACUUUGCAAAUUAGAAGAAUUUAUAUACAAAAUCAAAAAUAUGGUUAAAGACCAAAAGGAACUGUCAACCGCGUUUCAUCAAAAUCAAAAUCGAGCCAUCAAUUUACGUGAUGCUUCUAUUUUACCCGAUCUUUGUGCAUCACAUCAAUCCCAAUUGAAAGUGAUGCUUCAGAAUCAUUUCAAAAUUCGAGAUUAUAGGCGUUGUAUAGGCAAGGCUAAAGAUGAAUUAAGUAUGCAUUUGCAAGCCCGGUUGCAUCGUAUCGAUGUCGUUGAGAAUGCUAUGAGUGAGGCUGAUAAUCGUUUAUUAUUCCAUCAUCGCUGUUUAAGACGCGUCGAGCGUCAUAUUCAUAUUAUUGAACAGAUUCAUCAAGCGCCGCACAUGUACGUUGCUGCGGUUACCGAAGUUAUGCGCCGCAAAAUAUUUUCAAAUGAAUUCCGUUUAUGGGCUUCAAAGUUAGCUGAGGAUUUCGAAACUAUACACAGCGAGGAGAUGAGCAGACGCAAUCGAUUCAAUGCCAAUUUUGAGGGACACUUUUUAAAUAUUCUAUUCCCGGGGAUGAACGAUAUGCCGCCGGCUUUUGCUAACGAAAACCCUUUAAUAUUUGAUGCGCGUUUACCGAACAUUACGCACACGGAUAUCGAUAUGCUGACCCACUAUUUACCCGAGAUGGCCUCGCAAAUACGUUUGCCCGACAUGGAACCUGUGAUAUACUUUUUUGUUUCACGUUCGGGCAUACAUCAACGAGAGAGACUUGAGGAUUUGCUCAAAAGAAAAAGAGCUAGUGAAGCAGGCAUGGCCAAAUAUCAGCAACCCGUCGAAGACGCUGAGGAAGGAGCCGCUAUGGCGGCUAGUAUUAAGUUACCGCAAUUGCAGCGUUUAAAUGAGUUACGCCAGCAGGGCAAAUCCGAGGCCAAUUUUGAAGAGUCGGAAACUGAUACUGAAACCGAAUUUGAAAAGGUACCAGCGUCAUCACAAUCUGUGGCCACAUCAACCAGUGAUAUUCAAUUGGAAGUAUUUACCAAAAGUACGGCCACCGAACAACCAAUAGUGCAAAGUGCCGAAACUUUAACCGAGGAAAGCGAGGAAUCCAUACGUUCGGAAAUCGAUCGUAUGCGUAUUAUGUUAGGAACGAUGUCUAAGCUUGCUUUCAACUCUAUUCAGCUGACUCGUAGCGAUUUGACGAAUUUUCGACAGCAAACUGAAACGCACCGCGACGAUAUGCUCUGGACCUUACAAUCCUUCAACGACCAAUGCAAUAUAUUGCGGAUGCAAUGUAACGCUCGCGAUGAAAUGUUGCAAGCAAACGAUGAGAAACGACUACAAGAAUUAAAACAACUCAGAGAGACGGCUAGCGAUCGUGAGUUGGAAUUACAAAAAAUGCAAGAGCGAACAUACGAAAUGGAAGCAGUAAAAAUAAAGUACGCUGCCAUGGAGAUGGAAUUGGGAGAGUUGCGGGACCGUCUAAGCAAACAGGAUCUCGAAAAAGAUAAGGCCGUUGCAGAAGCUCGUGAGAAACUGAUCCACGAACAUAAAACUGAAAUUGAAUCUUUGCGUCAACGCUUCAAGCUUAUGACAUCCAUGGAAUAUGCACCUACGGAAGGCAGCAGUUUAGAAAAAAUCGAACGUUCUAUUACUUUAUCGCCCGAUUAUAUAGAACGCGCUUACCACGAAACAAUUCUAGCUCAGCAAAGGGCGGAAUUGGAAGCAGAAAAGGACAAGGCCGUUGCUGUGGCUAUAGAAUUAGAACGCUCUGUUUCCGUGAUGGCGAAUGCUGGCAUAUUGAAAGAUAUGCUGGAAGAAAAGGAACGUCAAUUGGAUCAGCUACGCGAAAAGGAUCUCAUGCUAACUAAGGAAAAUUUUCAAUUAAAGACACGUCUAGAUGCAUUGACCAACGAGGAAGGUAAUAGUUGGCUUAAAGAGAAAAUCGAAUAUCUGAACCGAGACAAAUGUCGCUUAGAGGAGGAAUUAAACGUAGAAAAAUCAAGACGCCUCGAAAUGGAAACAUCAGUUGCGGCACUUAAAGGAUCUACUUAUGACCAAACAGCCUUAUCACGUUCCAAAUCGAGUACAGCAACUACUAGUCAAAAGUUUAUUGUCUUGAAAUCUUGCAGUAAAGGUGAUUUAGUAUUCGUAGUUUGGAGCGUGCGUCAUGGUCAGUUUAUAGUAGUCCAGGAUUCGCCGAGUUUGUAUUUCGUUCACGGUGAUAGUCUGGCUGGUCUAAAUCUGCGUUUGCCUCAGCCGAAUGAAGCGACGCCCUCUAUACCCAUGCCCUACUACGCGGUAGGACGGGUUAUCGAAAAGGAAUGCUGCCAAGCGCGCAAGGAUGAAAAUCGCUAUCGCGUCUCGAGAGGCUCAAAGUUUUAUCGCAUCAAACUGGCACCAUUUAGGCAAACCACAAGACAGGAACGUUUAGAUUCAUUCUCUUGCUCGAUAAACCGUUCGGUAUCGCACGUUGAAAGUCAUAGUGAGGUAGCUACUUCGACCACAGUGGCUCCCAGCGGCUCGGCAAUAGUAACGACAACUGGCAUGGGUGCUGUAUGUUUAGCGGCCGCAGUGUCUAUUGGCAUAACAAAUCAGGACGUAGUUGAUAUGCCGUCAUCAACUGGUGCAUCCACGGCUAUAACUGUCGCGACAACAACUCAACCUUCUUCUUCGUUGAAAUAUAAAGAACGCGCCUUAAGUAUAAAUAGUAUCAACGAAGAAGAUGAUGAACCAAUUUCCAUGCUAAGCGAUCGUUGCCGUUACACAAGUGUAGGCGAAGAAGAUGAAACUCCCGCUGCAAUCGUGGCAGCAUCAACUAGUAGUAAGCAAAUAAGCGAAGAAGAGCAACCUGUAACCAUAACACAACCACAUUCUGUGAUAACUGAGCAGCCAACAGCCAGCAAAUUAAUUAUGGAUAUUGUAUUGGCAUCGACCGCUAUGUCUGUAACAACCACCACCAACACAACCACCUUUACUAGCACUACCAAUACUAUCAAUACAGACACCCUGAGUUCUUGCAGCGAUGAAGAGGAUGUGCAACCGCUUAUUCAACAAUCUGAAACGUUUCCGAUCAGAAAUCUUGCUACAGCAUCAUCAGAGAGAACUGAUCAAGAUCUGCCUUCAAUAUUGAAUUCGAUGGCUACGAAUACGAGUGAGGAUUCGGACGAGUAUCGUUCAUUAGAGCCUAAAGAUGAAACGGAUUUUCCGAUAUUAGAAUAGUGUUGAGAUUUAUUUUGGCUUUGUUUACACUGGAGUGUCUGCAGCAACAACAAAUACAACAACAAUAAUAAAUUUAAUCUAAGCCCCAAUAAACCACAUUACCAUACACGUCUAAUGCGAUAUUGCAGCAUAAUGAUCUUAAAAAAAUUUUAAUUUUUAAUUAUUUUAUCAAAGAUAAAAGCUAACAAAAGGCAAAAAUGGAAACAAAA